UUCUCUCGCGAGGACGGACGCCAUUAUCGCAUCUCCUCGACAAACACCACGAGAAUUCCGCAGCCCACACGGUGACAGAAAGCCCGUGCUUCGUGAGUCCGAUUCCUGCCCGUUGACCGGCCACUCUGCUCUCGUCCUGGAUGAUGUCAGAACAGGACCUGGCGGAUGUGGUGCAGAUCGCCGUGGAGGAGCUGAGUCCCGACCACCCAGUUGUACUGGAGAAUCAUGUAGUGACAGACGAAGAUGAACCAGCUUUGAAACGUCAGCGACUAGAGAUCAAUUGCCAGGACCCUUCUAUAAAGUCAUUCCUGUAUUCCAUUAACCAGACAAUCUGCUUGCGAUUGGAUAGCAUUGAAGCCAAGCUGCAGGCGCUGGAGGCCACAUGUAAAUCACUGGAAGAGAAACUGGAUCUGGUCACCAACAAGCAGCACAGCCCCAUCCAGGUGCCCAUGGUGGCGGGCUCUCCUCUCGGCGCCACCCAGACCUGCAACAAAGUGCGAUGCGUCGUCCCCCAGACUACAGUAAUUCUCAACAGCGAUCGGCAGAGCGCCGUUGUAGCCAAGAUGGAAGACCCCCUGCGCGGCGGGGCGCCGGAUCCCCUGGAAAAUAUCAUUAGCAAUGCGGUGCCCGGGCGUCGGCAGAACACCAUCGUGGUGAAGGUGCCGGGUCAGGAGGACAGCCACAAUGAGGACGGGGAGAGCGGGUCCGAGGCCAGCGACUCCGUCUCCAACUGUGGACAGUCAGGAAGUCAGAACAUCGGCAACAACGUCACCCUCAUCACCCUGAACUCGGAAGAGGACUACCCCAACGGCACGUGGCUGGGGGACGAGAACAACCCCGAGAUGCGGGUGCGCUGCGCCAUCAUCCCCUCCGACAUGCUGCACAUCAGCACCAACUGCCGCACCGCCGAGAAGAUGGCACUCACGCUGCUGGACUACCUCUUCCACCGCGAGGUGCAGGCCGUCUCCAACCUCUCGGGCCAAGGCAAGCACGGCAAGAAGCAGCUCGACCCCCUGACCAUCUACGGCAUCCGCUGUCACCUCUUCUACAAAUUCGGAAUCACGGAAUCCGACUGGUAUCGAAUCAAACAGAGCAUCGACUCCAAGUGUCGGACGGCCUGGCGGCGGAAACAGCGAGGCCAGAGCCUGGCCGUCAAGAGCUUCUCCAGGAGAACCCCGUCCUCGUCCUCGUACGGCACCUCAGAGACCAUGAUGAGCACGCCUCCGCCCGCCAGUGAGCUGCAGCAGCCCCCGCCUCAGGCCCUGCACUACGCCCUGGCCAACGCCCAGCAGGUCCAGAUCCACCAGAUCGGGGAGGACGGACAAGUCCAAGUAGGCCACCUCCACAUCGCCCAGGUGCCUCAAGGGGAGCAGGUGCAGAUCACGCAGGACAGCGAGGGCAAUCUACAGAUACACCACGUGGGACAAGAUGGGCAGGUGCUGCAAGGGGCCCAGCUGAUAGCCGUGGCUUCUUCGGACCCUGCUGCCACGGGGGUGGACGGCUCGCCGCUCCAGGGAAGCGACAUCCAGGUCCAGUACGUGCAGCUGGCACCGGUGACUGACCACACCGCUGCAGCCCAGGCGGCCGACGCCCUGCAGCCCACCCUGCAGUCCGAGAUGCAGCUGGAGCACGGGGCCAUCCAGAUCCAGUGAGGGGACGGCCGCCGACCAGACAGGGCCCGAGCCAGAGCCGCCGCCCAGCGCUGGUUCCCGUCACCCGCACCGCUCACACGCACCCGUCCCUCGGCUUCUCACGGGAGGGGGACCGCGCACGUUCUGCUCAAGUGCGUCCGAGUGCCUCAUCCUCGGGGAGAGCGCCCCGGUAAAUAAAGACGACGGUAGCCCCUGCCGCCCCCGCCCGAAGACCCUGUUUCUUUUGAUCACCCCACCGUGUACGGGGAAGGAGCAGGAAGCACAGCGCGGUUGCGUUAAGUACACGCGGGAAAUCAAGAACUACGAUAUUUUUCUCUGUUCAAACAGCUUUUUUAAUUUGCUAUGGUGUUUAUAACAAAAAACAAAAUUGAAAAAAAAGUGGAGUAGCAGAAGCCUUUUGCUGUGUGCUCUGUUCAGUGUAAUGCGAAGAGGUAUUUGCAAAAGAAGACUAACGAUUUUAAUGGAAACGUUGCUUACCUACUUUUCUAGAGGGAUGCUGUCAGCGCUGUGAUUGUGCAUUUCUAAUGGAAUAAAAUGUAUUUAUGGCCA